AUGCAAGAACAUCAUCAGAUACUUGAGAAGAAGAAGAGAUGUCUGCAUUUGAAGGUGCAACAGAUGAUCUUCAAUGACCCCAUUCAUGGUAACAUUGAGCUGCACCCGCUGCUGGUGAAAAUGAUUGACACUCCUCAGUUUCAGAGACUUCGAUACAUUAAACAACUGGGAACGAUACAUCUAGUGUAUCCGGGCGCCACUCACACUCGCUUCGAACACUCACUUGGUGUGGCACAUUUAGCAGGAUGUCUUCUCAAGACACUAAAUGAGAAUCAGCCAGAACUCAACAUCAAGAAAAAGGAUUUCCUGUGUGUUCAGAUCGCUGCCCUGUGCCAUGACAUGGGUCAUGGUCCGUUCUCUCAUUUGUUUGAUGGCAUGUUCAUCCCUGAAGUCCGGCCUGAAUUAACAUGGAAGCAUGAGCAGGCAUCUGUUGACAUGUUUCGCUGCAUGAAAAGGAGGAAUGGACUGGACAAAGAGAUGAAAUUCUAUGGACUGGAUUUACAGAAAGACAUCAAAUUCAUUGAGGAAUUAAUUCUGAAAGGACAAAAGGAUGGCAAGUGGUCAAUGAAGGGCAGGACUGAGGACAAAUCCUUCCUGUAUGAGAUUGUGGCAAAUAAAGUGAACGGCAUUGAUGUGGACAAAUGGGACUAUUUGGCUCGAGAUUGUUAUUAUCUCGGCAUUCCAUGUGGUUUUGACUCUCAGCGUCUGCUAAAAUCUGCUCGAGUUUGUGAGGUGAACAGGAGGAAACACAUCUGCUUCAGAGACAAGGUGGCAGAUAACAUUUAUGGCAUGUUUCACACCAGAUACACUCUUCAUCGUCAGGCUCUUCAGCACAAGAUCGGCUACAUCAUUGACGUCAAGAUUAACGAUGCUCUUGUAAAAGCUAAUGACAAGCUGAGUCCAGACAGCAAGAUCUCAGAUGCCAUAGACAACAUGCUAGAGUACACCAAACUCACAGAUCACAUCUCCGAUCAGAUCCUGAACCCGUCAGACUCAAAUCCAGGUCUGGCUGAAGCCCAAAGGAUUCUGCAGGGUGUUGUCAACAGACAGCUGCCAAAGUUUGUGGGAGAGGCUCGACUAAAUGAAGACAAAUUAAAGGAAAAGCUGACAAGCCAUUGGGAGGACAAGGUCAAUAACCAUAGUCUGGAUCCUGAGGACACAAUAUUUUGUGUAAGGAACUUCAUUUAA